UGAUAUGGAAGACACUGAUUUUGACUGUCAGUACUGUAAGGAGUCUCUAUAUGGAAAAAAAUAUACUCUCAAAGGUGCCAGUCCCUACUGUGUUAAAUGCUAUGAAAACCUUUUUGCAAACGUAUGUGAAGGAUGUAAGAAGCCUAUUGAAUGUGACUCCAAGGAUUUUGCAUACAAAGACCGUCACUGGCAUGAAGCUUGUUUCAAGUGUGCCAAAUGUAGCCAUUCUCUGGUUGAGAAACCUUUUGCUGCCAAGGAUGAACUCCUGCUGUGCAAUGAGUGCUAUUCUAAUGAGUAUUCCUCUAAAUGUUUUGACUGCAAGGGAACCAUAAUGCCUGGAUCCCGUAAAAUAGAAUAUAAAGGAUGUAACUGGCAUGAAACCUGCUUCAUCUGCCAUAAUUGUAGGCACCCGAUAGGAGCCAAACCUUUUGUUCCAAAGCAGCUAAGCAUUUAUUGUGUGUCAUGCUAUGAGAAAAAAUACGCAAAUCAGUGCACAUCCUGUAAGAAGCCAAUCACAACAGGAGGAAUUUCUUUUCAAGAGCAACCAUGGCACAGUGAAUGCUUUUUGUGCAGUAGCUGUAAGAAAAAACUGGCUGGAGAGAAGUUUACAUCUCAUGAGGAAUCCCCAUACUGUGUGGACUGUUUCAAUAAUCUAUAUGGAAAAAAAUGCAAUGCCUGUUGUAAGCCCAUUGCAACUCAAGGAACAGCCAAGUAUAUCUCAUUUGAGGAUCGGCAAUGGCACAGUGAUUGUUUUAUCUGUGGGAAAUGCACCAUCUCUCUUGUUGGUCAAAGAUUCCUCUCACAGCAUAAUGAGAUUUUAUGUCUUGAGUGUGGACGUGGCAUUUAGGUCUAUAGCUUACACACCAAUUUCACGUUUUGUGCUUCUAUAUCAUUUUUAUAAAUCACAUAUUUCAAUGUA